CUUACAUGGAAGAAAAGAUUUAGGAGAGUGGAAUAUUACAUUACAUAUAAACAUUGCCCACAGCACAAAACCCAAACCCUCCCACAACUAGCAGAUUUUUGAUUUCAUUCUAAAAGAGACCAAGAACUGGGUACGUCAGGACAAAACACGUCUAAGACUUGAGCUUGAUUCGCUUUUGGUUUUUUUCCCCAUUCUCCCAUUUUUUACACCCUCCCCACCACCUUCCUCUCUAUCCUACUUGGUCAGCACUAAUUAAGAGCGAAGCCACAUUCACCUCUCUCCCCAUUCAUUUCCUUCUUACUAGUAUUUAUCCGCUUCCCUUCACCAAUUCAUUUUCCUCUCCUAUUCUUCUUUCUCUGAUUUUCAUUCUGCAAAGAAAAAAUGGAGUAUUAUUGUAUGGGUAAUGAUUCUGAGUGUAGUAGUGGUUGUGAGUCUGGAUGGACUCUGUAUUUAGAUGACAAGUCUUUUGUUUCUGCAUUGGAUAAUAAUCAUAAAGAUGGGUUCUUGGGUAAAGGGAAAUGUGAACGAAGAACAGAGGAGGAGGAAGAGGAAGAUAUGUCCAUGGUUUCGGAUGCAUCUUCUGGACCUCCACAUGUUCCUGAAGAAGAAAGUUACUAUGGAAAUGACGAUACUUAUAAGUGUUUUCAUCAUGAAUCCGUUGAUGCGGCUAGAUUGAAUAGUACUAAAAACAGGGCCAAAAAACAGGGGUUGAGAGAAAAUAAGCGAAGAAAUCUCCAUGAAAAGUCGUCUCUGCUUGAUGAUACUGCCAGUUCCCCUGUUUUCAACUUUCCCAAUAACAAUUCCAGACUAUCCAAAAACAAUCAUCAUGCUUCAGCUGAGGCACUUUUAGAUGUUUCAAAGGGCUAUUCCACCACUCAAUUUGAGGGAAGCUCUGCAUACCAUUAUUAUCACCAGAGCCAAUAUGGUUUUGUCCAGUAUCCUUCUUUAUCGGGAAACUACCAGCAACAAAAUCAGUUGAGUUUCUUCUACCCCAUUCCCAUUCAUAUCGAAAUCUAGCAAAUUUUUGUACUAUUUAAAUGGGUUAUUAAUAAUUUCUUUUUUUUUUCUUACUAUACAGAUGGUUUGCAGGAAGCAGAACGUGGCAGCAGUGACCAUGCAAUAACAUUCAUUCAGCAGUUUGCUCUGCAGAUUAUAGCAUAUGAUGAUGCUGUAGAUGUAAUAGUAGGUGGUGAAUAGGUGGGCAAAAAAACAUGCAAAAAGUUAAUUUGAUCUCUUUUUCACUCUAAAAAAAAUGACAAAAAAAAGGGGAAAAAAAGAGGUGUUGUUUAUCUUCCUCCUCCAUUUGUUUUUUUUUUUUAAGUUCUUCAGGAGGAGCUGAAGUGGAAAGGGGGGAGAACCAAUUUGCAAUUGGGAAUUAGUUAAUUUCUUGUUUCUUUAAAUUCUGAUUGUUAUUGCUGAUGGAUGAAGGGAACAAAUAGUGGAAUUAGUUUCCAGUUUUCAUUCAAACACUUUGUAAUCUCGUCAAAAGCAGAGUUCCAAGGCUACAAAUUGCGCUAAUUUCUUAGUAUAAUUCUAGCUCAAGUAAAUGUUUCUUAUCCGGAUAAUCAGCGGAAAUGAGCUUCCUUUGCUCUUUUUGUACAUCAACAAAUCACCUUAUGUAACCAAACUUAGGAUGAAUGUAACAAUAUCACUUCGUUUCUAUAUAGAAA